CACGAAGGCGCGCUAUAAAAGGAAGUCUUCCCUGGGAAGACCAAGGCUCAUUUGUCACUCACCGUUGACGUGCGCGGAUCAAAUUUAAAAUGGCGGGCGAUUUGAAUACUCGAAAGAUUACAAUUUUAUUAGAGGAAAGUUUAAUCGAGGAGCUAACCGGUUGGCUUACCGUGAACAACGGAGAGAUCGUUCGAGUAGAGAGACCCCGAAAAAAAAAAUCAACGCCCGGUUCCGAAGACAAGGAAAAUACAUCGGCAACAUGUGUCGAGCUGCAGCGCGACCUCAUUAGUGAUGAGAACGAGACCGGUGAAACCAAAAAUUCAAAUCACAUUGAAGGAGUUCACGCAUAUGUCGCGCGUGACAUGUGCAUGUACUGUCGUUCUUCCCCAUGUGUUUUACUGAGCGAGACCCUGCCUGCACGGUUGAGAGUGUUUGGCCAGCCCAGAAUGAACAACCACACGAAGCGGAAGGGCGACUAUAGAUGUUUCUAUACAAUUCUCAACCGCCGCGGUUUAUGGCUCGAUCCUAUUUACAUAGCCAGGAAGGAAGCAUUGGGAUGUUACGUGGGAGAUGUUCGAGAGGUUAUGCCAGUCUGUGUUGUGGAAGAUGUUCGAAAACGGUGGCCAAAUCCUGAUGGAGUGCCCUACUGUGGUCACCGUCGUUCAUAAAACCUGCAUUACAGUACUUCCACUUCCCUCCAAAAUAGUAUACAUUUAUUUAUAUAAUGACAAAGUAUAAGGUACAAUAAAAGUUACAUUGUUUCACACAAUUCUAGACUCCACUAUGCAAUAUCUUGAGGGACUGAUCAGCAUUUUCCAUGUUCUUCUUCCACUGCUUGUACCUUACGCUCUUAUCCUACUCGGAGAAAAAAAAAGGAAUUGGGUUGCACUUUAUUUCCUCUCCAUACAGAUUAUGGACAGUUGCUAUUUACAAUAAUUUUCACUGAGUCGUGAAGAUUUCAGAGCAUAUGAAUCCAAAAUGAUGUCAUCAUUCAAGAGAAGUGAAUGAACAUCAUCAACUGAAAAAAGGAAUCAUUUCAACAGAAAAUGGAAAA